AUGGAUCCGUUCAGCUAUUUACCAAUAGAAAUUACUGAAAAAAUUUUAGGAAAUAUUUCAACUCAAGAAUUGUUAACAGCGACUGAAGUCUCAUCAUCUUGGAAUCGAUUAAUAGGAAAAAACUCAGAAGCGAUGAAAAGGAUUACACUGAAAAUUCAUUGGAAUGAUGAAGAAAAUUUAGUUAAUCUUCUCUUAAAAAGUCAAAGAAAUUAUCAAAACGUGGAGAUAAAAAAUUGGAUUCCAAAUGAGGAAGCUGAGGAAUUGCUUCGCCAAAUUGAACCUUCGUGGAAAAAUGUUAAGAUCAAGCAAGUUAAUUCAGUGUCCAUGACUAAGUUCAUUAAUUUUUUAGGAAUUAUUGAGCCGUCAGUGAAGAAAUUAAGUUUAGAAAAUAUUUCAAUAAACAUCUUUGAUAAUGAGAAUAGACUUGAAAGGAUGGAAGACUUAGAAUUCUCAAAACUUGAAGUUCUUCGAUUGAAAAGAAUUCGAACUUGGCCAUUUCUCGAAGCUUUUGAGAGAUGUAAAGCUUUAAAGUCUCUUGCAGUUUAUCCUUCAAGAGACGCAGGCUUUGAUGUUGUUAAUAUUUUACUUCAUCAAAAUUCCAACAUAACUGAACUGGAAACUAAGAUAGAAGCAAUCGAGAGGAUAGAAAUUUUUAACAUGAAAAGACUGAGUUUGAAAUCAUUUAUCAUAAAAGGCUCACCUCAUGCGUUUAGUUCGGAACGAUAUACAAAAUUCAUGCUGAAGCUUAAUCAGAUUUUGAUGUGUCAGAAGGAGACACUUGAAAAGUUUUCAUAUGAGGGAAUAUUUGAUAUCGAGAUCUGUAAGGUUUUGUUUCAAAUGAAUAAAAUAUCUUCAGUAACGUUAGGAAGUUACAAUGAAUUGACCAAUUUCAAUCUUGAUUUAAACUUUUCUCUCUUGUCGCUGAAAAUAAUUGACUUAAGGGUUGCUUAUAACUUUUUAGACACUUUAAUUAACGCAUCACCAAAUCUCACUAAAAUCGAACUCAUCUAUAUGGAUCAAAGGAUAUUACAACUGAUAUCAAUCAAUGCGAUGAGGUUACAAACAAUUAAAGUUCUUUUCUUUGAUGCCAACAAUUUAAACAUAGUUAAUUUAUUACCGAAUCUUCAAAAGAUUAAAAUAUCAGCAAUAACACGAGACCUUCGACAUCAUAUUGAAAGGAUUCCGGUUCAAAAUCACUUCGUGAAACUUGUAAUGGAAAAUGAAAAUCUUUUUAAUAAACGUGAAGACGAUUUUCGAAUACAAUGUGGAAGAUUUAUAGGUGAUGAGCUGAAUCUAUGA